GCAGUCCAGAGCCAUUCUCUCAGUCCUCUUAGUAUUAUAUUCCUCCGACCUCCUUCAUAAAGGCAUUGCAUGUGGUCGUGCUUGGAGCUGAAGCUCUUGAGUGGGCAGGGUCCUGCUGAGGAAACAAGAGCUUUUCUGUGAAGGGUUAGUUCCCAUCUCAAGAUCUGGUGGUGCUGGGCUUUGGGCUGCAUGACUGAUGUGUGGGACCAGUUGGAUGGAAGAGACAGACGGUGGCAGCAAGCCCUCUUGCAACGUGUUUACAGGAAGGGUUUUUCUGCUGCAGUGUUUUUACACCGUGGCUUUCUCCUCCACUCUAGCCUGAAGAUCCUCUUGACGUGAGGAAGUUGGCAAGAAUCUCCGUUCUGUGAAUUGCUUUCUAUAUUGUUCAAGGAGGAAACGAGGGAGAGAUCAGAAGGCAAGUUGAAACGAGCUCCCGUCAUCAAAACACACAGGCACAGACAGGUUCCCAGCCCAGUUCCUGAUGCUGCAAACCACAGGGCAGCAGGGAGCUGCUUUCAGUGAUCAACAGAGCUGGCACUCGCGCCUCUCUGAAAUGCAGAAAAUAGAAACUACUGAAUCUCCACCUUAAUGACCAUACUGGAGAGAAGACAGUGAGACGUAAGCCUACAGGUAAACUCACAGGGCCGUACAGAGUUGACUGCGAGGCUGGCUUGCUGGGACUGUUAUUGCAAAGGUCUUGGGUCGGGGGAGCAGAGCCAAGUUUUUUGCAAGAUCUGUGAUUUUCCAAAGGAUAUUUAAAGUGGAUCAGAAGUUAAGGAAGGAGCUCUAAUCUCUUUGUACAACAAAGCAUCUUGGAGGUAUCAUUAGCGGUUGGAAGUUCAUACCAUAUGGACAUGUACUUAUUCCCUCUGGAAUUCCUCUUGGACCCCAUGAACAGUUUUCUCUGCUGCCCCUCAGCUCCCAUGAAAGUUUGACAUACGGGAGACCAAUACCAUCUGAUUGAGGCAGAAGGAAACAGGAACUGAUCACAGGAAGCUGCUGCCCAGGAAAGGGAUUCCUUUGCCCAGCAUGGAGCCCGCUGGCACCCCUGAGGAUGUGCAUGUCCUGGUGGAAUAUGGGUUUCAGUACAUGGAUAAAGGCGGCUGCUUCAUUUCCAUAAAGCCCAAUGAGAGGUACAUCCUGCUGAAGAGAACCACUGACCAUUGGUGGCACGUUAAAAAAAAUAAGGACAGCAAGCCAUUCUACAUCCCAGCACAGUACGUGAAGGAGCUGCCUCCAAUAACCCAGCCCCAAAACCUCUAUGAGCAUGCUGCUGAGGAGUCUGGACAGCCCAGCUCGGGGCACACGGAGGAGAGUGCUGUCCUGGAGCCCACCAGGGCCAGUCCAGAGCAGCCUUUGCAAUAUAAAUACAAAUUUGUGGGCACCGCUCAGCAAACCACGAAUAUAAAUGAACCCAGUGGUCUCUCUGGCUCUGUAUUUUUGGGCUCUGUGAUGCCAGCUGGAAAAGAUACCUCCUUGAUAGGAAAGACUCUGCCUCAAGUUGCUGAAGAGACAAAAGUUUCCCCCCCUGUGCUGAGUUCAUUUCAAAGCGCCCGUGCCACAAAGAGGACCAGCUGCUCUCCAGCAACAAAUGUCCUCCCUGUGGAAUACAUCCGAUCGGCACAGUCCCUAGAUGACCUGGCAAGGGUCCGGCCUCAGGCCCGAUAUAGCAUCGGUCAUGUGGGAUCAUACAGAGAUGGGGCAACAGCUGGCUUCUUGGGUCACCCACAUGCCCUCAUCAAGAGUCAUUCAGAAAACCUAUACGAAUCUAUCAAGGACACAGAAAGACAGAAGAAAAAAGGGCCACGGCCGGAGGCUCGCCAGCCAGCUCAGGUCCGUAAGGAGGAGAAAGAGAAGAUCUCUGCCCCAGUGUAUGUGAAUAUACAGGAACUGCAGCAGGAAGCAGAAGCAGCUGCUGCCUCCACUCUACCUAAGCAGCACUUGAGCAGCAGCCUUGCAGACUGGGAAACCCACACAGACACGGACAGUGGACAAUUAUUCUAUUACAAUCCAGUGACUGGCGAGACCACGUGGGACUCCCCAUUUGAGAACCUAGAAGAUGGAGUGAGUCCUGCUACCUCUCCCUCGCCCUCUCUCACCAACAGCCCUAUGUUGGCUGAAUGGUGCCAGCACAUGGAUGAAGCCAGCGGACAGGUUUUUUUCUAUAAUUCAGUAACAGGUGAAACAUCGUGGGAACGCCCCCAAGCUGGAGACGAACCCAGCUCCCAGGAGAUGUAUCCUGCAAUUGCACAGUAUUCGCCCAUGGACCAGCGGCCGCCAACUCCAGAAACAGACUAUCCAGACCUGUCUCCUGAUGAGGCAGAGGGGUACCCUGAGGAGGACUACUCCCCGGUGGGGUCUUAUGAGCAUGGUGCCUGCCAUUACUUUCCAACGCCAAGGCACUCUGAGGACCUGAGCUCGCCUCCAGGCUGGCAUGGCCAGAACAAUCCCGAGGGACAGUCAUUCUAUCCAGGCACUUAUGCCUUGGACACGGUCUCUGUCCCAGGCCAUCACCGGACAGCAAGCAGUGGGUCCAAUCAAGACAGCCCUUUUGCUGGCUGCUACAACAUCAUUCCAGCACUUCUUGUACAGAAAGAAGAGAAGUUCAAGAGCCUCGACAAAGCUGGAGUUCUUAACCGGACAAAAGUAGUUGAUAAAGGGAAACGAUUACGGAAGAACUGGAGCUCAUCCUGGACUGUCUUGGAAGGGGGCAUCUUGACCUUCUUUAAGGAUUCUAAGCAUUCGUCCUCCAGUGGUUUGAAACACCCUGCCGUGCUGACCACACCUGAGCAUACUGUGGGUCUGCUGGGGGCCACCAUUUCAUGGGCCACCAAAGAGAAAUCAAGCAAGAAGCAUGUUUUAGAGCUGAAGACACGAGACGGCUCAGAGUAUUUGAUCCAGCAUGAUUCUGAGGCCAUCAUUGCCCCGUGGCAGAAGGCAAUCUCUGAGACCAUCAGCCAACUGUCUACAGACUUUUCUCUGGAGGAUGUUGAUGAAACUGCAGCAGACUGCGCAUUUAAAGAAAGACUAGGAAGUAGUGAAGAGAAGAGGACUCCAGGCUCUGGGCUGUCAGCUGGCACCACGAGCUCUGAGAAUGACUCCAACAAGGUUCGAAACAAGCUGCUCAAGUUCCUUCAGCGACGGCCAACUCUGCAGUCCCUGCGGGAGCGAGGAUACAUCAAAGAUCAAGUGUUUGGCUGCUCUCUGCAAGUGCUGUGUGAACGAGAGCGGGGCAUGGUACCAAAGUUCGUGCACCAAUGUAUCCAGACAGUAGAAAACAGAGGUUUGGACAUUGAUGGACUGUAUCGAGUAAGUGGAAAUCUGGCAACGAUACAGAAACUGCGCUACAAAGUGGAUCAUGAUGAGCAUCUGGACCUGGAUGACGGCCGAUGGGAGGACGUGCAUGUCAUCACGGGAGCCUUGAAGCUUUUCUUCCGCGAGCUGCCAGAGCCCCUCUUUCCUUUCAGCCACUUUGACAAAUUCAUCACUGCCAUAAAAAUGUACGACCCGACAAAGCGCAUCAAGUGUGUCCGUGACCUGGUGUAUUCCCUCCCACUCCCGAACCAUGACACCAUGAAGGCUCUCUUCCGGCAUCUCAGCAGAGUGAUUGAUCACAAGGAGGAGAAUCGGAUGUCUGUGCAAGGCAUUGCUAUUGUCUUUGGACCCACACUUCUGAGACCAGAGAAUGAGGAGGGAAACAUGGCAAUGCACAUGGUCUUUCAGAACCAGAUUGUGGAGUACAUCUUAAAUCAGUACAGCUACAUCUUUCCUGACAGCUAAGCCUGGCAGCCAGCUGGAGCCAGCAGUGACACGAAGGAGCAGAGCCUCAGGGCAGACCAGAGGAGACCCGUUAAUGUAACAUUAGUCCUGGGACAAGUCGGAGACAAUGGUGGCAACAGUUGAUUAUCCUAAUAAAUGGGCAGUGCUGGAUUACAAAUGCCUGGGUGACCUGCCUGAGUCAUACAGCCCCAUGGGCCAAAGGAGCGGACAAAACUGGAACUGGAUCAGCUUCUUCCUGCACAAGUGCUUGUUCUCCAAAUGCUUCCCCUGGUGCCAAUUCCUGGCUGAGUGAUGAGCUGUCAGUAAAGAGUCUAGAGGGAACAAAUGCCACUAUCCUCAGACAAGUCCCAUUCUGGGAAAGGCAGGGAGAGGGAAGACUCCUCCAGCGUGCUGAAACAGUUUGGGCCACUCCCAGGUGCAAACACCAUACAGCAGGUACCAGAGAACUAGUGAAGUGGGCAAAGCCCUUCCCCAACCUUAGCAGGUAACAGGAAUGUUAUACACAUUGCACUGCAGCAGUAGGAGCAUGGCUGGAUGUCUGAUAGCCCUGGACAGGACUAUUGAGUUAUCCAGACAGUCAUACCUCAUGGUACCCAAGCCCUUCUCAGUCAUCCAUAAAGAGAUCCUCAUGACUCCACCUAAGGCAGGGAGAUAUCAGCAACUCAUGGACUUAAGGCAGAUUUUUCCAAAGAGCUCAUCUAGCAGCUCCAGGUGAGAACCAGAGAAAACCCUCAGCUUGUGAAAGCUGCUGAGCAGCUUAAAACCAGCCAGGAGUGUCUUGUUCAAAGCCACAUAGUGAGUGAGCUUCAGAGCUGGGGACUCAACCUAGGAUUCAGUGCCACUUCCAGCCCUCCUAUGGGCUGUGUCAGGUGGGCAGGAAUGACUCUUGUUGCCCCAGGCAGCUCUGAGCCACCAUGUCCAGGUUCCUCUUCAUGCUGUUAAGUCAGAGGGAGUGCUUGAUUCAAGCCCCAGCUAUUGUCUCAAGGCCUUGUGCUCAACUGGAGCAUUUGGAUGACUUCUGCAAGAUUUUAAAUGGCCCAUGCUCACAGGAAGGCCUUGGGACAUGGUUUUCAUACUCCUAGUCUCUCCUCAACACAAAUGCCCCUGGGAUUGGCAGAAAAGUACCAGAUUAGGGGGUGGGGGGAUCACCCAUGGCAGCAGCACCUUUCCCAAGGCUGCCAACACUCAAACGUUCCCAACAGGUAAACCUCUGAGCUGGGUAGGGUUCAGGUGGACAUAAGCUUACUGUUGAGGGGAAAGGCAGAAAUGUCUCUUGGGUGCCUUUCUGCAGCAUGCCUGACCUCUGCUCCCCCCGCUCCCAUGCACACCCCUCACUUCCUCAGGAUCACAAGGGAGUUUCUAAAUUUUCUAUAAAUCAGCUUCUAAAUUUUUUUUUUACCUAAUUUUGUGUACUUUUAAUCUCUUGUGAUCCAGUUUCCAAGGAUGCCAAAUCUUUAGUUGGUGAGAGUGCUUGUAUUGGUCCAAAAGCCUGUUUUUUUUUAUGGAGAAAAUACUGUCACACACAAAAGAAUUCAAGCAACUGUCAGAGCACAAGAGUUCCAAGGAGCUAAGGGUGGGAAGAGAAACUGAGGGUACAUUUUCAACAUCACACAGCAAAUUGUGGCUGAGGCACAAAUAGAAGUCUGUCUUCCUGAAAGGCCACAUGGCUUAGGAGCCCCAGACUUGUACAACAUGGAGCAUGAUGGUUCAAGCAUGGGACAAAGAGGUGGUCCCUGCCUGGAGCCAGGAUGGAGGCACACCUGUUGCUGGAGGAUGGAGGAUGCCAGUCUUUGUGCCUGUGGCUGGAACACCAGCUGCAGUUGGAGGUCUGCUGUAAAUAGUUAUCUUAAUAAAGAGCCAGUUUAAUUUCAGAAA